UCAGUUUCGCCAGAAACUAGGGGGUGGAGAAGGCCGGUCAGAAGCACACCCCGCACCUGAGCGGAAACGGCCACUGGGGGCGCGCAGGAAGCUGGGGCCGGAACCUCAACAGCGCGAGCUCCACCCAACUCACCUGCGCAGGUCGCAAGCACCCUCGAAGCCCAGAGCCCAGCACUGUGAAGGUGACCCCCGUGGGCAGGAGGGCGACGGCCCCUGGGCGGACGAUGGCUGGCGCCCCCCUCUCCCAGGCUUGCAUCCCAGCGGUCGCCGUGUGGCUCCUGUGUGCUCUCGGCCUCCCGGGCACCGCCACCGCCGCCGCCGCCGGGCCGCCGCCCACGCCCCCCGCGCAGCCCGACGGAGCCUCCUGCUUGGACCGCUUUACCCCCGGGGUGCCCGCUUUCGUACUUGACACCGAAGCCUCGGUCAGCAACGGGGCCACCUUCCUGGGUUCACCCACCGUGCGCCGCGGCCGGGACUGCGUGCGCGCCUGCUGCACCACCCAGAACUGCAACUUGGCGCUGGUGGAGCGGCAGCCGGCCGGCGGGGAGGACGCCGUGGCCGCCUGCUUCCUCAUCGACUGCCUCUACGGGCAGAACUUCGUGUGCAAGUUUGCGCCCAAGGAGGGCUUUGUCAACUACCUCACCAGGGAGGUUUACCGCUCCUACCGCGAGCUGCGGACCCAGGGCUUUGGAGGGUCCCGGACCCCCAUGCUCUGGGCAGGCAUAGACUUGAAGGUACAGCCCCAGGAACCCCUGGUGCUGAAGAGUGUGGAGAAUACAGAUUGGCGCCUGCUGCAGGGUGACCCGGAUGUCAGGGUAGAGAGGAAUGAUUCGGACCAGGUGGAGCUAUGGGGACUCAAGGAAGGCACCUACCUGUUCCAGCUGACAUUGGCCAACGCAAACCAGCCGGAGAACACGGCCAACAUCACAGUCACCGUUCUCUCCACCAAGCAGACAGAAGAUUAUUGCCUAGUGACCAAAAAGGUGGGUCGCUGCCGUGGUUCCUUCCCCCGCUGGUACUACGACCCCAAAGAACAGCUCUGCAAGAGUUUUGUUUAUGGAGGUUGCUCAGGCAACAAGAACAAUUACCUUCGGGAGGAAGAGUGCAAGCUAGCUUGCCACGAUGUGAAAGGCCCCUCCAAGGAAAGGCAUCAUACAGUGUGCUCCGGCGCCUGUCAGUCCACCGAGUUCCACUGCAGCAACGGCUGCUGCAUCGACAGCUUCUUGGAGUGUGACGGCACUCCCGACUGCCCCGACGCCUCUGACGAGGCUGCCUGUGAGAAAUACACCAGAGGCUUCGAGGAGCUCCAGAACUUCCAUUUCCCCAGUGACAAAGGGCACUGUGUGGACAUGCCAGACACGGGCAACUGCAAGGAGAGCAUCCCUCGCUGGUACUACAACCCCUUCACUGAACACUGCGCCCGCUUCACCUAUGGUGGUUGUUAUGGCAACGAGAACAACUUUGAAGAGGAGCAGCAGUGUCUUGAGUCCUGUCGUGGCAUCUCUAAGAAGGAUGUGUUUGGUCUGCGGCGGGAAAGCUCCAUUCCCAACACAGGCUCCGUGGAGAUGACCAUUGCCGUGCUCCUGGUCAUCUGCAUUGUGGUGGUGGUAGCCAUCCUGGGGUACUGCUUCUUCAGGAACCAGAGAAAGAGUGUCCACAGAUACCACCACGGCCACCGCCACCCCCCACCCCCUACCCCUGCCAGCUCCACGGUCUCCACCACCGAGGACACAGAACACCUGGUCUAUAACCACACCACCCGACCCUUCUGAGCCUGGGGCUGCCUCGGCCCUUCGGUCCAGGGCUCUCACGGGCUCUUGCCAGACCUCCUCUGGCCCUGCUUCCUCCUUACCAAGGAGGCCUAGACUGGGAAAGACUUUGGGACCAGAACCCUCCUGCCUAUUUCCCAGGCCUCUCUGCCUCAGAGCCCAGGGCUCUGGUCCCUCUCAAGAGAUGUCUCAGCUGAGCUCAGGCCACUUGUUCCUGAGAAAACUCCAGUGUCUGAGAGGAGCAGAGAAACUUUGAGUCAGGAGUUCUACAUAUAGAUGGACCUGCCUUGCGUAGGAUUUAAAAGGAAGUUGGAGGUUUGUUUCCUGUUCAAAGCUGUCCCACACCGGAAUGUGUUGGGAAGGGGCCUGGGCAGUGUCAGAAGCUGAAGGCCCCACCCCUGACCUCCAGAGCCACCCCUCCUGCUCUGCACAGUCCAGAGCUGGGGCAAGGACCUCCCUAUAUAUUUUAUGCUGUACAGAGUUCUUAUUGUUUAUUUAAUGCUGUGGAGGUGGAUGAGAGAGCUAUGGAAAGUUGCUCUCUGGCCUCUGCUGCUUCUUCCCCUUCCCCCAAGGGGAAUGAGCCCCAACUUGGCCUGGCCUGGCACAUGGAGCCGCAGCUGCUGCGUCCUCCCUGCACUCCCAGGGCUCUCUGGCACCACACCCCCACCAGCCCCCACUUCCCACAGGCCCCAAUCCACCCACAGUGUAAUAAAAUGCUCUGUCCCGUGAGGCUUCUGCCUCCGCUCUGUGGGCCAGGAGAGAGACCCAGCUUCUGGGGGGGAGAUGUGACCGCCCAGUCCAACCGGUUCAGGCUUUGGCCACCCUGUUUAGCAGGUUUUCCCACCCUUCCCGAAACUGCCCCUGCCCCUGAGGGUGGAGAGAAGUGCCAGGUUUGACCACCAGACGGGAGGGGUGAGAGGGCCACGGGAGUGAGGGUGCAGGGGUGCUGCGGUGCAGUGUUUCUUCGUGGCUGGGGCAAGUCUUCACUAUGGUGUGUAGUUGAGGACAGGAAGUGUGGGUACACACUGGUUCUUACCUUCGCUCCCUUUGGUGUGGGGGCUAGGGACAGGGGUCCCAUCUGGCCAAGGUCACUGUUCCCUUCCCACCCACAGAAGCCAUGGCUUCCCAGGAGUAGCUGCUCCCCAGACUCUGAACUCCUACCCAGGAGCCUUUGAUUGAGGUGGUCCACUCCACCCACACCCCUCUCUUUGAGCCACAUCGUGGUGCAAAAAAAAAACAUUCUUUCAUUUAGUCGUCAAAUAAUUGAGCUCCAAUGUACUAGGUACUGCCAGUCAUUAGAAAUUUGGUCUUGUCAAGAUAGGCAGGGGCUUUGCCUGUCUCUACUUACUGUCUCGGCACACAAGCCUGUGAUGAGGGCACUAUUAUUUCCAUUUUACAGGUGAGGAAGCCGACAGCUACGCUCUCACAGUGUUAGAGCUGGUACAGGAAGACUGGAUUAGACCCUAAUCAUGACUCCAGAGUCUAGUCUUACAGUGCUAUGUGGGAGAAUUAAAUGGCAGUGUGAGAGGUCAGGGGCUGGUUUUAAACAACUGAAGUCUAGCCCAGGUGAAUAUGCAUGAGUCAUAAGUAUACAGCUCAAUGAGUUAAUGUAAGUGCACACACCCAGAAGGCAAACACAUAGAUCACCUAGAAAGCAGAGGGUCUUAGCACUCCAGGAUAAGCCUCCUUUUGAUGGGUAACUUUCACACCUCUGUUUUUUGCGCCUGUUGAACUCAGCCUGGACCACCUCCCUGUUUCUCAUCUUUUAGCCUGAACUCAAGUUCUUAUUCCUAAAACCCCCCUGCACACACCCAAGUGGGUGGCAUCCCUGCUUCUCACCCCUGUGGCAACUAACAGCACCCUGAGCACAAGGCACCUGCUUUUCCUUUCCAUUUACUUACCUGUCUUUCUGCUGGGACAGGGAUGGCUUCUGAGUCAUCUCUAGGUCUCCCCAUGUUCCAUAAACUUAGUAAAUGGUAGUGUUUUGCAAUGUUGAAUAGAUGGCAAGGGGUUGGGCUUGUUACCUUGCUUUGGCUCUUCCCAUUUCAUGGGGCCCUGCAUUUUAUAUUUGGUUUUAGAGACAGGGAGAGAAAAACCUUGAUUUGUUGCCUCCCCAUGCACCCUGAGUAGGGACCGAACCCACAACCUAGGCAUGUACCCUGACCGGAAAUUGAACCCGAAACCUGGUGCAUGGGACAGUGCUCCAACCAGCUGAGCCACAUGGGCCAGGCCAGGGCACUUCAUUUUUGCUUCCUAAUUUACCAGCUGCUCGUCCAUCCUUGCUCCCUCUUUGGUCCCCCCACCACUGCCAGUCAUUUGUCAGCUUCCAUCAGCUUCAGUUCUCUAAAAGCAUUUCCAGGGCUGAAGAGGUUAAUGCCUCAUGAAAUUCUGUAUCCCAAUGCCUAGAACAGUGAUCAAAACAGAACAAGUGCUUAAUAAAUUUGGACCGAAGGAAACAUCCUCCUCGCAGGGAAGGGUAAAAGAUGAAAUGAGACCAUACCUGGCAAAGCACCAUCCCGGUAAGAGCCUCUUGGGUGGAGGGAGGGCACCGCUGGGUCACCCACGGCGGCUGGAAGUGGGAUAAUGCAGGGGCCACUAGGGGGCGCGCUCACCGCUACUGGGCGCUGUGUUCUUUGCUGUAAAGGUUGGAGCAGAGCACACAGUUCCAGGCAGGUGUCAGGUGUGAAGCAAUGAAAAUUGGCAUGCCGCCCCUGUUCUCCUGGAGUUACACUCUGGAAUAAAGGCAGAGGAGAUGCAAAUACUAUAACACAACAACUUAAUUCCCAAAUCGCUCCUUAAUCUCUGACUUUCCCAGCUGUCCUCUGCCCAUCCACACCCAAAUAACUUCUUGGAAUCUCCUGCCUCCAUUCCUUUGCGCAGGCAGUUGCCUCUACCUCAGCUCCCUCUUUUUCCCUGGAAAGCUCCCGUUUACACUGUCAUCCAGUUCAAAAAGCCUCCCCUGUUUCUCCAGGCAGAAUUCACGCUGCCCUCCAUUCUAUCGAAUGCACACAGCUCUGUUGAGUACCAAUGGCCAGUUUAGUAUAUGUCCUUAUGUGGGCGGGACUCCUCAGGGCAGGGAUGGGCUCUUAUUUCAGCAUCCAGCAUGCCUGUAGAUUUGAGGGACCUGGCAAAUGACUGUUGAAGAAAGCAGAGACUGGUCAAAUCAUGGAGAUUCAUGAAGGAGGUAUAGAAUAAGAUGACCCAGUAGGUGUGGCCAUUCCAGGCACAACAAAAUCAUAGUGAGCAGCAGCUGGGCAGUGGGAAUCAUGGGUCUAGUUUCAUUUGGGGACAAGCAAGCUGCUCAGUUUGGCUCAAGCACUGAGAAGGCAAGCCAGGAGGUUGGUGGGUGGAGGCUGCAUGGUUGGGCACUUGGGGAUUUGAGCAGGGAAAGGAGUGACCUAAACUCAGAUUGAAGACAUGGACAGGUAAGCAGGCCAUAUUACUAGGGGUGGAGCCACAGGGAGAGGGAGGUAGCCACACCCAGUAAGCAGGGCAGGGUAACCUGUGUGAAGUACAAGGCAGGUGUAAAGACUAGCUGAGUGCACCUGCAGCCCGCAGUCACACUGUGGCCCAAACAGUGCUUUUUUUAGUUGCCAACAUUCAGAAUCAGGAAACUUCAUUUUAAAAAGCCAUUUCUAGCUUCUUGUGAAAACUUGGGGGACUGGCAAUCCAGAACUCCCAUUUCUGCAGUAAUGCAGGUUCCAAAUUCAGGUUCUCAAGCUGGGUGGGUGCUAACCUGUCCACAGCCCCCACCCAGCCUGCUGCUCCCAGGCAUUUACUUUGGGUCUCCCAUCAUCUUAUCCUCGAAACCCAUCCUGUCUUCCCCAUAUUGAGGAGUUUGCACCAAAACCUAUUUGUCCUAACAGUUCGAAUAAACACUGACAAAAACUGGA